UCCCCUAAUCCAUUCAUUCUCUCGGCUUCUGGCUUCUGGCUUCUGCGCGUCUGCUUCUCCAUUCUACCAUUCCACAAUUCCACAGCCCACAGACGACGUGCGACGGUUCUCCGGUCUCUCUGCGACUCUGCCCCUCACCGUCUCACGAUCACAGCCCACUGCCCCACAGUCCCCCACGCUCAUAGCAUACGCACUCGGCACUUCUCCCUCGUCUCCUGUCUCUCUGCCCACGGCUUAUGUUUGCUGGCUUGCUGCAACAGAAUUACAGCGACUGAGCGACAGAUUUUAUGUAAAUUUUGUACGGUCGAAACUUCAAUUGGUUUUUCGACCUUGCUAAUUGUUACGGAGAAAUUCUCAAUUUCUGUGGGAUCAUGUGUCUUGCCGGUGGAUCAGUGAAUGGAGAAGAAGACGACGAUGCAAUCAAACCCUAGCUCUAAGAGUAGCAUGAGAUGUCCCCAUUGCGCUGGUCCCCUUUCCAAUGAAAUGGAGACUAGCGAGUGGACAGUUCCACCUUUGAUCAGAGACAGCUUUUCUAUGAUUGGUACUGCUGUUGGUGGCACAACAAGUGCGUUUUAUGGCUUCAACCAUGUGAUGCCUAUUGUUCGAAGAUGGAUUAAAGGCCCAAUGUGGUUACAUUUCCUUGUUGGGGCUCCACCUGUUAUUGUUUUCUCAUCGGCAUGUGCAGGAUUGGCAGGUGGUGCUGUUCCAGCACUUGCACAACUUGCAUCAUCUUCAUACCAUGCCGCCAGCUCAUCUUCCACAUUACAGCCUCCUUCCUCGCAGGAUGAGAAGAUUAACAAGUCCCGACAAUCCUCCACUCUAAAACAUUGCCGGUGAGUGAUAGAUAAGAAGCAAAGGACUCUUUGGCGCAUCAGUCUCCUGACAAUCUUGCCCACUAUCAAUGCAGCCAGCUAUAGGGUUUCCAUUGCAUGAUGCAUCAGAUGUCCUCUGCUCCAUUUAGGUGGUCGCAGGACACUUAUGUUGGUAUCUAAUUUUGGUUUAGGUAUUAUUCUUUUGGUGUUUCCCAGUGAUUAAAAGAAUGCAUUUUUAUGGGACCUGCAAGUUAUAUGUAAAUUGCAACCACAGGUUUUAAGCUAUAGUUGUGAUUUAAUAGGGGCAUGUGAUUUUGUGGGUGGUGUGGUGUGGUGUGGUGUUUAGAGUGCAUUGACUGAACUCAAGUGCUUCAGUCUAAAAUGCUAAUAAAUUUAUUCAGCAUCUUUAUUCUUUU